AUGUUAACGCGCUACGGUUUACAUCCAACGGCGCGUGCAGCAUUACGCAGCCACUUUUAUCGCAGUUUUAGUGUUUUGCCAGAUACGAGCAAUAAUGUUGCAGGACAUAGCGUAGGUCAACACAAUGAUGAUAAGUCUACUAAGUUGGUGAAACGUAAAGUGGCCAUUGUAGGCGGCUUCAUGGGCAAAGGUUUUCAUGGGCUACAACUUAAUGACAAUGUAUACACCAUCGAAGACGAGAUCCGACGCGCCAUUUUACAAGCUGGUGCUAUGCGCGAUUCAAAUUUUGAACAUUUGAGCAAGAUUGACUGGGCACGGAGCAGCCGUACAGACAAAGGUGUGCACGCAGGAUGUAUUGUGUUUUCAGGAAAGCUGCUUAUUGAUGAAGAAAACAGAGUUGACCCGGUCUCAGGUCGUGUUCACUGUCUUAAAGAAGCAUUAAAUGCCUCACUACCAGAUAAUAUCCGCGUCUUCUCUUGCACCAGAGUGAAUAAACGCUUUUCUGCGCGUAAGAAUUGCGUGUUACGUGAGUAUGAAUACUUUAUGCCACUCUCGUUUGUCAAAGGUAGUAUUAUCAAAGCUACCAAUGGUGACUUUGACCCAGAUCAAGCUGUCACUGAGUUCUGUCAUGCUCUGCGACGGUAUGAAGGAGUGCACGAUUUUCACAACUUUACCCGCUCCCGGUCGUACUUUUACAAAAUUCAAGCAAAGAAAACUCAGAACGAACGAUUACUGAAUGAGAUCAAAUCACUGGAUGAUGUCAUGGAUGACGAUACUGAGAGUGAAAACUCAGCUGUGGAAGGCAAUUCAGAGGAGAUAAAUCAACUGUCAGAUAUUGAAGGAUACACCCGCAAGCAACUGUUUCGUCAUCGUCGCUCCAUUUACUCAUGCACAGGCAGUGUUGUAUCAAAUUUUGAUAGCGAGCCAUACUUGCGAGUUCGCAUUGUUGGUCAAGCUUUUUUGCUGAAUCAAAUUCGAUGCAUGAUCGGUGCCGCUCUUGCUGUCGCAACAAAAGGGAUGUCCUGGAGCGAGUUCGAUGCUGCUUUAUUGACAAAUCGCAUCGUGCGCGUGCCAAUCGCUCCAGCUGAGGGUCUUGUUCUUUUAAGUAGCUCUUUUGGAGGUAGGCUCCACACUGUAUCGUUGUACAACGACUCAAAUACACCUCUUGCAAAAGAGCGCAUUGGUGUGAUGCAUCGAGUUCUUUUGGAUCACAACGAAGACGAAGAAAUGAAGAACUUUCGAGAAGAAGUGAUUUACAAGCAGGUCGCGCAAAGCUGGAAUAUGGAGAUGGACCGUUGGCGCACUUACCUUGAGCGCUGCUACGAGGCAAAUGAACAUUUGAAUGAAGACGAACUAUGUCAGUUGUUGCACGAGCAAGAUCAAUCCAAGCUCGCGCAUAAACACAAGAAUAAGACUUUUCUUGAGUACAAUCGCGUUAAACUUACCGAAAUCGGGCGUCAGGGCGCGUUGCUACCAAAACAGUUCACUACGAAGCUGUGCAUUCGGUACAACGUGGCACCAGGCAUUUUCACGACGGAUCUGCGCCGCGCUAUCGCACAUCAUUUAAAAGCCGGUAAAAUCCCACACGACGCCGAUGAAGAGCAGAUAAUGGCCUAUAUCGACAGUUGCGGUCCCAAAACGCUUGCCAAGGAGGGUCGCUAUGUGCGUCUAAAUAUUCAAACGUGA